AUGGGUGAAAGCAAGGUACUCAACAAGUUUCCCGAGCCACUCGCAGAGGAAAAUUACAAUCAAUUUUUCAAUCCCAAUCUUUGUCACGUUUGCAAAUCGUCGAAUGGCGGCGCAUUGAUGCCGUGUAAUCGGUGCUGCAUGAUCUUUUAUUGUUGCAAGCAGCACAAGACCAUGCAUGAAGAGUCACACUCGCCGAUGUGCGCAGCCAUAGAGAGGUUCACAUCGUUCAGACCGGAAUGGAACACUCUUUGCUAUAACUUAGAAGAGUGGACGAAAUUCCGGAAGGCACUUAUGACAUUAAUUCGAUUGGAGAUAAGACGCGACCUGAAAUCCUACGAAGUAGAGAUGCUCAUGUGCGCAAAAGCGUGCCUGAUUUGCAAACGACAGAUUGAUCUGCGCACUUGCAUCGUGUGCUAUUCCUCCAACUACUGUCGUGAUCACGAGUUGGCCUUCACAAUGCUGCACAAGCCACGCUGCGAGGGCCUGCUGUUAUUACUGAACAUAAAUGUCGCCACGAUGUACAGCAAUAUUUGUACUUCGUAUCCUGCAUUUCUCAAGUUCGCGCGAUUCCCUGACAAGGCAGACUCCUUCCACGACAUGAGGGCUUUCGUUAAUGGUUACAUAGUCCCCCGAAGUAACAGAAAAAACUUAACCUCCAAGUGGCGAUUGAAUUAUUAUGUGUAUUCGGAGUAUGUGUCGGGUCCGUUGACGUUGCAUCAUGCGUUUGAGGAACUAUCCUCACUGUGUCUUCUGCAGAUUGACCAUAAAUGUGUCGUCCAUCUUGUAGCUCCGGAUGUCGUAGAUAUAGAGGGCGCUCCAGCUUGGGAGCUCCUCUUGCAUCUUUUAAAUGUUAUAAGCAGACUCUAUGUUGUAAUGAUCAGACCAGACAUUGAUCUCAUAUCGGGCGAGCGGAACAAUCUCUGUCGCAAAUGCUCAGCACGCGGUCGGAAGCUUUACGUUGAAAAUGUGUCAGAGUCGUAUCAAGACUACGUGAGCUCGGCCUCGUACAAGCAGCCGAACGUCAUCGUAGGAUUUCAAGUGGAAUUUAAUGACAAAGUGACAUGGCUGAAAUCUCUAUCAGCGAUAUUAGCUCAGAAGUGUCCGUUAAUAUUAACCACAAACUCGGAGAAUCAGUCAAUGGAGAUCGUAGAUAAAGUCUCAGCAGCCGCGGGCGUAACUAGGAAACUAUUUCUUUUUAUAAAAAAUAAGUUCCAAGGUUGCAGACCUUAUAGGGACUACGAGACUGGUGGGGUGUUUUACCGAAAUUCCAACUUAAUUAUAUUUUAA